AUGAAAAGUGAUGAAAUAACAACACAUCUUUCCUUGAAAAAGGAUCCUAUUGUUCUAUACGUUAUAUGUGUUGGAUUUCAUCAUUCACGAGGACCAGAGAUCGAAUAUUGUUAUCCUGAAUUAACUGAAAUCCCUGUAGGAUGGUCGUUAUUGCCAUUUAUGGCACUUCCAGAUGGCGUUCAUUUGAAUGAAGAAGACUUUUCGUAUUUUUGUAUUAACAAUAACGGUAAUGAAAAACUAAGGACAAUAUACGGAAUAUCAUGUACAAGACAGCUACUUUCAUCUGAAUUAGUGGACAAACCAGUUGAUGUAACUCGAUCAACGAUUCAAAAAUCAAUCGUUGUGCUUAUAUCGAAACCCGUUUUUGGUCAUAUUAAAGAAAAACUCAGAGCAGUAACUCAAGCAUAUUUCUCACAGCGUAAUUUUGAAGAUAGAAGCAUUCUUAUGCAUUUUUAUAAUAGUUUUGUGCAAAUAUUUCAUGACGGAAUCAAUAAUCAUGAAUUUUAUCUUGGUAUACCCCUUCGUGAACUUUUAUAUCAAUUUCGGUGGAAAACUCUUGUAGUAUUGAAAGCUAUGCUUUUGGAACAAAAAAUACUUUUUUAUGGCACACGUUCAGAAACUCUUUGUAUAAUACAAUACUCAUUUUUGUCACUUAUUCCUGAGCUAUUAGAGAAUCUUCAAGAUGCAAGUGACCCAUUAUUGAAUACGAUUGAAGAUCGUCUGGGAAAACCCGCAUCUAUAUCUACAGAUAAUCAUAAAUCUCUACUUUUAUAUAUGGGUAUGCCAUUCCAUAUUUUCUCUAAAGGUUCUUUCUUUGGUCCUUAUACGCCUCUUCAGCAAAUAAAAAUACUUGAAAACGAAAGCACAAAAUCUUAUAUUAUUGGAAGCACUAAUAGUUUAUUUCUACAAAUGAAAAAAAAAUAUGCAGAUCUUGUUGUUAAUGUCGAUACUGGUGAAGUAGAUAUCCUUCAACCACUAUUAAAAGAUACAUUAUCAUUAAGUUUUUCGGAUAAAAAAUGGAUCAAUGAUAUUAUAAUGUUAGUAAUAAAUUCAUGGGAUGAAACAGAUACUAGUAGACCUAAAUCAAUGGGGUUUUUAGGUAGCGAUGAAAACUUACGGGCUCAGUUUGAAGAAUAUUUUUUAGCUCUUGCAGCGUCUGUAAAAUAUGAUAAUUAUUUAAACAAAAUUAGAAAUUUACCAGGUUUUAAUACAGCCUUAUUAGAUACACAUGAAAAUACAAUUCGAGGGUUUGGUCGAAGUUGGAUUGAGCAGUGGAAAUUUUCAGAAAACUACCGAUUAUGGAACGAAUACACAGAUGACAAACUUUUUGAUAUAAUCGAGCCCAAACAUCCUGUUGUUAAUCAUGGCAUUUCAUUAGAAAAUAUGCAAUAUAAAAUUGCUAAACAUGUUCAAGAAUUAAAAUUAAAUGAACGAGCUGCUGUUGCAAAAAAAACUAUAAAUAAAGGCUGGAACACUAGCAGUCAAAAGAUAUCACAAGUGAUGGGAUCUCUGUUUGAUCAUAUGGAAUCAUAUCGAACAGAACGGCGAAAACGAUAUCAGGAUGUUCAUAAUCAAUGCGCUACAGCUGUUUCAAAGAUCGAUCCUGAGUUGUCUUCACCCUUAGGCGAUAUACAAAAUAAAGCCGGCUACUAUAUGUCUGCAUUUACUGAUUGGGCUUAUAACAGAAAGGGGGCUGUCAGACAUAACUAA